AUGAUAAUGUGCGACGAGCUUCUUCUGGUGGGUGGAGUCUGUACCCUCAAAGGAGUUUUUUCUGCGAAACGUGUGAUUAUUGAUGAAACAAAAGUUGGUAAAAGGAAACCUCGUCAACGAAACACUGGUUCAACUCAAGUUGAACGAGCUUCAAGAGUUAUGGAUCCUCUAGACAUUGCAGUAUCUUUGAUGGAAAAUAGCAGAGGACUUAACAGAAAAGUUUCGACUAUGUGGUGCGAGAAAGCACUUCCAACUGCCAAGGAUGAGUAUUUGAAGGGUUUGCCUGUUUGUUAUCCCACUGCACAGCACGAGGCCAAUUUAGAAAAAGCAAUGCGUGUUUUCCUGUCAAUGGUCAGGGGACCUGCAGUUCUGCGGUUUGCUAAAAAGUUGGAGGAUGAAUGCUAAUCCAUCUGGAAAUCCGGGAGGCAACUAUGUGAUGCUGUUAGUUUGACAGGGAAACAAUGCAUGCACCAGCGACACAGUGUUGAUAAUGGUGUGGCGCUUACAGGAGCUCCAGUCAAGCCUCAUUCAAGUGGAUAUUUUUUCCUUCAUGCCUGUGCCUGUGGUCGUUCACGUCAACUACUAUGCCCUUUUGAUUUUGAAUAAGCAAAUAUAUCUUCCAAUUGCUUCACAGAUUGUGACAAACUCCUUCCUGCUAUCCAAUUACCAGAGGGAAGCAAUAUAGGACCGAUUCAGUCAUCUUCAUGGAGUUUGAUUCGUGUCGCGGGUGCAAGGUACUAUGAAUCUUCCAAGGGCCUGUUGCAAAGUGGGUUCUCUUCACACAAAUUUCUUUCAAAAUGCACAUUAUUUCUCGAGAAACCAACAAACCUAAAUGGUCUACCAGCUACAAAUGUGCAGCAAGGUUCUGCAAUUAGGUCAAGUACAGAUCCCCAGGUUGACUUUAAUGGUGACGUAGAUAGAAAGAAAACUGUAUUUUUCUCAGGAGAUAUGGAUACAGGGGUGGAAAAUCAAAGAAAAUUGUCAGUAAAUAGCAAAUUAUAUGAAAAAGAAAUCAGUUUUGGUAGAAUUAUUCCAAAUUUUACAAUGAGAAAGCCUUUUUCUGAGGUUGUAGCUGGAUUGUCAGCUGCAGAUUCAGGAUUCCCUCCCCUACAGCACAGGAAACAGCACCCGUCAAUUUCUGAGAAAGGUUCCAAGAAAAACUGGGAGAGAGAUUAUAUUAGUGAUCGGGGCUGUCCUAAUGUUGGUCAAGCAUCUCACAAAUCUGAAGAAAUUUCAUCUGUCCAAGAAAUUUUACAUGGAAAGGCUUCUAAUGGUGGCCUAGAUGGUGAUUCUUCCCUACAAAUAGGAAGUAAUGAAGUCCCAAUGAAUACUAUUGGCGGUGAAGUGGUGAAAUCUUCUAAGCAUGCAAUAGUUUAUGUUGGUUUUGAGCACGAGUGCCCCCAUGGCCACCGUUUCUUAUUAAGUCUAGAUCAUCUCAAUGAACUAGGAUCUUUGUAUCCUUUGCCUGAAGAGUCUCAUGUACCUUCUAUGGAAACUUCUGACAAUAGUCUAGCUGAUCCUUCAAACUUGGGUAGAAACAGUAGCACUGGUAAAGGUCAUCGAAGUUCAAAGGACAAGGCUGUUGCUACUGCAAAUGAACUGAGAAAUACAGACAAGUCAAAGGAGAUGGGGGUAAAUGGUAAUCUAUCUGUUAAUGGGCUGACAAAGUUCUCUGGGUCAGGGAAGGAACAGAAACUUACAUCUCUCAAUGUUUCAACACACAAUUUUAUGAAAUGUCUUGAUGCGGGCUUAGUUUUUAUAAGCCUUGAUGACGGUGGAAGUGUUUUCUCCAUGUUGAAUAGAAAUUUACCAAUGUAUAUGAAUUGCCCAUACUGCCAGCUAUCCAAGAACAAGAAGGAUCCACCAGAAGUCAAGUUUGCUGGCACAGUAUCACAGUUGCAGAGAAUUUUUCUGGUAACACCUCCAUCUCCAGUUGUGUUGGCCACAUGCCCAGUUAUACAAUUUGCGGCAUCGUGCCUCCCACCAUUAGUUGCAGACCGUGAGCAAAAGUUGCAAUUCAGCCUUGGAUGUCAAGUGGUUCUACCACCAGAUUUCCUUACUCUUGACUUCCAUUUUGUGUGUGGUGUGCAACUAGAGGAUGGAAAUCCAGUUCCUCUUAAUGCUUUUGAAAGUCAACCAGAAAUGACAGCCUGGAUCAUGAAGGGCACAACUCUGCAAGUUGUUACCAAGGCAAGUAAACUCGGUGAGGAACACCAACAUAGUCAGAAUUUCUGA